CCAGAGGCUCCUCCAGAGAAGGAGGAGGCGUCCAGAGCUGUCUCUGGCCGCUCCGCUGCAGCUUUUGCAGUUCUUCUGCCUCUGUCCCUGUCCGCUGCGGCGUUUGCAGUCCAGUCUGGGCCCACGGCGUGGGUUCCCGUCGCGGGGCUCGAGGGGAGUUGCACAUUGUGCGUGACAUCGCCCCUGGCCGUGUGUGCAGUGAGCGGCUGGGACUGGGAUCCCGAUGCCGGAAAGCCAGCCAGCUUCCCAGAAGUCCCACACCAGGGGACUGAAGCGUCCAGGUCUGCGGAGGUGAGCAGGGAUCCCGUAAACCCUUUUUCCCUUGGGAGGAAAACCCCGGAGAAUGACGAGAUUUCAGUGCUCUCUGAAGAGAAAGAAUGUGUCGAUUGGGAAACGCCUGAGUUUUUCAGGUACAAGGAAAGUAACGAGAGAGACACUUCAAGAUCCUCCAGGGAGAAGGAGGAGGGGCGUGGCGAGUCACAAGUCCUGGCGCCGCAUUCAGUUGGAAGAGUUGAGUACGAAGCUCUAACGAGUAUCACAUAUUUAAGUGAUGGAGAAAGAUACGAGGAGCCAGACGAUUCUCUGUACUUAGCAGAAGGGGAGUAUCCAGAGUCUGUAGGGUACCCCGGAGAUGUCGAGGCCAUUGUGGAGGAAGGGGCCUCCGAUGACCUGCGGUGCUUUGCAUAUGAUGGUGAAGAGGACCGUGAGUAUGAAGAAACCGUGGAGUUUUCUAACGAAGAAAGUAGUUGUGAAAGUUCGGAAAGCAGCAUUUCAUUGGAAGAGGAGGAGAAAAGCACUGAAGAAAGAAAAAGAGUAUUCCAACAUGUCCUGUCCUGUUUGAACAUGGAUAGAAGCAGAAAGCUUCUCCCCGAUUUUGUGAAGCAGUUUUCCAUGGAUCGAGGAAGUGAGUGGACACCCGAGACUCCAGGAGACUUAGCUUGGAAUUUCCUGAUGAAAAUUCAGGCAUUAGACUUGACAGCCAGGGAUUUUAUCCUUCGGCACAAGAUGGUGGAUGAAGAGCGCGAAGGGGAAUUGCUGGCUGGAGUAGAGAAUUUAGCAAUUGAAGACAUACAAACUGUCCAUCCCCUUGAUGUCCUUUGUGCCUGCAUGCUUUGUUCGCACAGCUCUUUGCAACGCGAAGUCAUGUCAAACAUGUACCAAUGCCAGUUCGCUCUUCCCCUGCUGUUGCCAGAUGCGGAAAACAACAAGAGCAUCUUAAUGCUGGGGGCCAUGAAAGACUUAGCGCGGCACCCGAUGCGGUCCUCGGGAGGACCCCCCAGGGAAACAGAAACAUUUCUGAGUCUCAUGAAGGUGCCUGUCCUCUCUUUCGUGCGACUUGGACACUGUAGCUUCUCCAAGUCCAGAAUCCUCAACACGCUGCUCAGCUCCUCCCGACAGAAACCACACAAAAUCUUUCUCCAUCAGGAUCUGUCUGUUCCUGUGCUUCCUCGGCAAAUUUCUGAUGGCCUGGUGGAGGUCACGUGGUGUUUCCCUGACAACAAGGAGCUAAAGGAAUGUCCUCAUGUUUUCCAAAAGCCUGUUGCUGUGGCCAACCUUCGUGGGGAUCUCGAAAGCUUUUGGACACAGUUUGGUUUUCUGGUGGAAGUUUCCUCGGCCAUGUUCUUUUUCACUGACUGCCUUGGUGAGAGGGAGUGGGACCUGCUAAUGUUUUUAGGAGAAGAUGCCAUCGAGAGAUGCUACUUUGUCCUCGGUCCCCAGGCCAAGGAGAGUGAGGAGGCUCAGAUGUUCCAGAGGAUCCUGAGUCUGAAGCCGUCACAGCUGCUGUUUUGGGAAGUGGAGGAAGCUGGAGAUAGAAGGAAGACAAUGGAGGCCCUUCAGGCUGCCCUCCAGGAAGUAAUGUCCUCUUCACUCAGAUGUGUGUCCCUAGAAGAUAUGGCCUCUCUGGCCAGGGAGUUGGGGAUUCAGGUAGACCAAGACUUUGAAAUUACUCCAGAUACUCUUGUUUGCCCCAGAACAGCUGAAGGUGAGAACCAACAAACACGUCAGACAAAAAGCCCAUCUGAAAGCCGAACUCAGGUGCCUAUCAUAGAGCCUGGGGCCCAAUGUGAGAACAGCCAGAAUGCUCGGAAUCUGCAGCAGACUCCAGUAUUCACGUCUUAUCCAGUAGACCCAUGGCCCCUGCCUACUACACUUGGAAGUAAUUUUUACCAUGCUUCCUUGAAAGCCCCCUGGGUUCCGAGCUCCCGCUUUGGGUCACAACAGAGAGCUAAGUGGUUCUGUCCUUUGCCCCAUCAGAACACAAGGUUUCACAGCAGAGGUAAAAGCUUUGGUAUUCAGUACUUCCAACCCUGGAGAUUUUAUUCAGGGGAAGGAUUCAUGAAAUAUUCAGGGACUCCUCGGGGGUAUCAUUUGAGUGGAAAAUUUGGGAGGUCACAAAGACAGACUUCUCAUGUACGGACCCAUCCUGAGAGCCUACAGGAAGCAAGAACUUUUCCAAGGUCUGGGACAGUGGCCUCUCUUGUAGGUCACUCACAUUCUCCAGGUUCACAAGCAGCAAAAGCAGCCGGGAAGCCACAGCCUAUGAAAGCCUGUGCCCAGGGGAUGCAGCUGACUGAAGCAACUGGAACAUCUAUGAGGACAACAUCUCAUAUUAAGUAUCCUCACCCUCCAUCCUGUCAGCCAGCAGGAGCCAGUCAAGAACGAAAAAUACCUGUUUCUCAUCAAGGAUCUCAACGAGUAAUAAAGGGAAGGCCUUCAGAGCCAGCUUUCCAACCAGGGUCUCAAUCCACAUCUGGGAGUAAACUUUCAUCUACUUCCCAGUUCAACUCCCAUCAACCCAAGUUCCAGGUCAAACACUUUGAGCCCAUUCAACCUUCUCAGAAAAAAAACCUUCAUUUCCAGCCUUCCCAGGCUAAACUUACUCAUCCCCAGCCCUCCCAGGCUAAACUCACUCAUCCCCAGCCCUCCCAAGCUAAACCCACUCAUCCCCAGCCCUCCCAAGAUAAACCCUCUCAUCCCCAGCCCUCCCAAGAUAAACCCUCUCAUCCCCAGCCCUCCCAAGCUAAACCCCCUCAUUCCCAACCCUCCCAAGCUAAACCCACUCAUUCCCAACCCUCCCAAGCUAAACACCCUCAUCCCCAGCCCUCCCAAGCUAAACCCUCUCAUCCCCAACCUUCCCAAACUAAACCCACUCAUCCCCAGCCCUCCCAAGCAAAACCUUCCUCAUCCAGAUCUACUCAGUUCAAGCCACAUAGACCCCAUCAGUCCCAAUCAAAGCCUUUUCAACCUAAAUCUACUCAACAUUCCUCAUCGCAGUCCAAGCCUUCCCAGGCCAAGACCUACUACCCAAGAGCAGGGAAACGUUAAAGAACAUACCCCAGAGACCCAUGAGGUAUGUUCUUUACAUAUUCUGUUCCUCUCAUAUAACAGUCUGAAGAAGAGUUUCGGUGGAAGACUGAUAAAAUGAGCAAAACAGAAAAAAUUUAUGCCAAGUCUAAGUGCAUAGUGAAGUAUCUAAAUGUGGAAAAUGUGAAAGUAGUUAAGAGUAGGGUCUGAUUGGGCAAGGUGGCACACACCUGUAAUCCUGGCACUCUUGAGGCAGAAGCAGUCAGAUCUCUGAGGCUAACCUGGUCUACAUAACAACAUAGAAAGUUCUAGAUCAGCCGGGCGGUGGUGGCGCAUGCCUUUAAUAUCAGCACUUGGGAGGCAGAGCCAGGUGGAUCUCUGUGAGUUCAAGGCCAGCCUGGGCUACAGAGUGAGUUCCAGGAAAGGCACAAAGCUACACAGAGAAACCCUGUCUUGAAAAAACAAACAAACAAAAGUUCUAGAUCAGUCAGAGUACAUAAUGAGAUCCUGUCUGAAAAAGAGAGAGAGAGAGCCAGGUGGCAGUGCCGCAUGCCUUUAAUCCUAGCACUCGGUAGGCAGAGCCAGAUGGAUCUCUGUGAGUUCAAGGCCAGCCUGGUCUACAGAGCGAAAUCCAGGACAGGCACCAAAAACUACAUAGAGAAACCCUGUAUUGAACCCCACCCCCAAAACAAAAGAGAGCGAGUAGGACUGCUGUGGAUAUUGCUUUGUAUAAAUAAAAUGCUGAUUGGCCAGUAGCCAGGCAGGAAGUAUAGGCAGGACAAGCAGAGAAGAGAAUUCUGGGAAGUGGAAGGCUGAGGCAGAGAGACACUGCCAGCUGCCACCAUGAGAAGAUGUUAAGGUACUGGUAAGCCACGAGCCACAUGGCAACUUAUAGAUUAAUAGAAAUGGGUUAAAUUAAGAUAUAAGAAUUAGAUAACAAGAAGCCUGCCAGGGCCAUACAGUUUAUAAGUAAUAUAAGUCUCUGUGUGUUUACUUGGUUGGGUCUGAGCAGCUGCAGGACUGGCGAGUGCGAGAGAUUUGUCCUGACCGUGGGCCAGGCAGGACUGGAGAAAACUUCAGCUACAUAGGACCUAACAUCAAGCCAACAAGAUCAGUCCAGAAGGCAUCAUUAAUUAGACUUGGUAGGUUACCAAAAACAGAACAAAACCCAAAACUAAACAGGAAGGAGGGGGUGGGUGUCAGGCUAAGCGGGAGUAGGGAAGAGCUGGGGAUGGACAUGAUCAUUGUAUGUAUGUAUGAAACUGUCAAAUAAUAAAUGCAAGAUGGAAAAAGAAUAGGACCUAAGGAUACAUAAAUUAAUUGAAUCCAACAUUUCUUACUAGGUAAGGUGUGGUUUGACCCCAGGGGAGUUGGUGGGAUAGCCACAUGUAUGAAGAAUGGAGUUUCAGUGUAAUGUAAAGUGAUAAAAAUAUGGAGCUCAAAUUAUCUCAGUGUUGAAGAAAAACUGCUUCAGUGGUCUCUUGGUUUGGGGUUUAUGACCAGCCACUGAGCAGAGACCCUGCACUAUUGUACCAGUUAAAUCAACUUGCUUGUGGUAAUAGCCCCAAUUUUCAUACCUGAUAAGACUAUCUCACUUGGUCCUUACACAUAGAAAUAAUGAAUGUUCAACAAAACACAUAAUUUUACAUGUACAUUGGGACUGAUUUAUGUAUUUUUCAUAUUUUGUAUAUAAUAGCUAAGAAAAUUUAGCUCAUUAGAGGUUCUGAUAUUAUAUUUUUAGUUUAAUUAUUUGAAAUCAGAAAUGUGUUAGUGAGUUUUUAAUUUUAGAGUUAAGUUGAAAAGAUUAAGAUGAAUUUACAAAGAGUGUAAGUAAUGUUUGAGAGGAUGUAUGGUUCAGAGGAAUUAAAAUUUUCGUAAAUUCAUAUUGUUCUGAACAUUUGGAUAACUUCUGCUAGUUAGCAGUGUUAAAUAAAAAGAAUAAAUUCAAUCCAGAUAUUUAACUGGAGCUUCUCUAAGUUUUUAAGUGAUACCAAAUACUGAAAAAGGCUACAUUAGCUGAACAUGCUGGUACACACCUUGACCUUAACACUUAGGAGACUGAGGAAGAGGGAUCGAGGUUCAAGCCAGCAGCACAUAGUGAGACCAAGUCUCAAAAACCAAAAACAAGCUGCCUUAAGGUAGAUGUGAAAAUUUACCUCAUUUAGAAAUAAAGUAAGAUUAUAAAUUGGACUAAACAUCUCAGUUUUUGAAUUUGACUAUUUUUUAAUUUAAAAUUUUAAUUUUAUUUUUUACAGUGUAUGUAUAGUGUGUGUGUGUGUGUGCACACGGAUAACUUCAUGAAGUCCAUUCUUUCUUUCCACGUUUAUGUGUAGCCAGUGCUUUUACCUGCUGAGCUAUCUUACCUGUCCUGUAAACCUUAUUUUAAAUAGUAAAAUAGUGCCAAGGAAUCAGCUAGGUCAAAAAAAUUGCUUCCAAGGUUUCAAAGAAGAAAAAUCAUAUUGACCAAUGGAUGGCAACUAAGCUUUUGAAAGGAAUCAAUAGUAUCUGAAAAUAGUCUAAUAUCACAAAAGUGUGUUUGUUUGUACACGUGUUAAAUAAUGUUGUAUUUCUCUCUAAUGGUCAUUGCAAAGAUGCAAAAGAAAUGGAGGACAAUAUAUGUGAAUGUUUAAUUUUACUCGUGAAUUCUGUCUUUUAGAAUGAUAAAUGUAAAAAAUAAAAUAAAAACAAAAAUGCCUUAAGCCAGCUCACACCAACCUACAGAUGAACAGGAAGUCUGGUCGCUGUGCUGGCACUUGCUAGUCUUGCCACCCUCUCCCAAACUCAGAAGUUUAGGGAAGAAAAUGACUCAGAGUCAAGUUUGCCUGAUGACUUUCAGACAUAAAGUUCAUGCUCCAGAAAAGCCUUAAAUAAGCAGGACAUAAAAUAUGUAAAAUAACCCAUGCAUGUGGGCUGAGAAAUAGACAAAUGUCAGUGGUGGAUGACCUAUGGGAUUAUACAUACCCGCCCCCAAUACUCAGCCCAAGCUGUAAAGUAGGAAGGGAUCUUUAUUCAGUGCAAUACAAACUGUUCCUUGAGCUCAAUUUGUCUGCCCCCACCUCCUUUUGUCUUGGUUGCCACCAGACCAUGCAAGAUUGUGAAAUAAACUGAGUGACUUUUA